AUGGAUGCGGUCCGUGCUGGUCCCUUCGGCCAGCUCUUCCGCCCCGACAACUUCGUCUUUGGUCAGUCCGGUGCUGGCAACAACUGGGCCAAGGGUCAUUAUACCGAGGGUGCUGAGCUUGUUGACCAAGUUCUUGAUGUCGUCCGUCGCGAGGCCGAGGGCUGCGACUGCCUCCAGGGUUUCCAGAUCACCCACUCUCUCGGUGGUGGAACUGGCGCCGGUAUGGGUACCCUCCUGAUCUCCAAGAUUCGCGAGGAGUUCCCCGACCGCAUGAUGGCCACUUUCUCCGUCGUGCCCUCCCCCAAGGUCUCGGACACUGUCGUCGAGCCGUACAACGCCACCCUCUCUGUUCAUCAGCUGGUUGAGAACUCCGAUGAGACCUUCUGCAUUGACAACGAGGCUCUCUACGACAUUUGCAUGCGGACCCUGAAGCUGUCCAACCCCUCGUACGGCGAUCUCAACUACCUUGUUUCCGCCGUCAUGUCGGGUGUCACUGUUUCUCUGCGCUUCCCUGGCCAGCUUAACUCUGAUCUCCGCAAGCUCGCCGUCAACAUGGUUCCUUUCCCGCGUCUCCAUUUCUUCAUGGUCGGCUUUGCGCCUCUCACCAGCCGCGGUGCCCACUCCUUCCGCGCCGUCUCGGUUCCCGAGUUGACCCAGCAGAUGUUCGACCCCAAGAACAUGAUGGCUGCCUCCGACUUCCGUAACGGUCGCUACUUGACCUGCUCUGCCAUCUUCCGUGGCAAGGUCUCCAUGAAGGAGGUUGAGGACCAGAUGCGCAAUGUGCAGAACAAGAACUCGUCUUACUUUGUCGAGUGGAUUCCCAACAAUGUGCAGACGGCGCUCUGCUCGAUCCCCCCCCGUGGCCUCAAGAUGUCGUCAACCUUUGUCGGCAACUCGACCGCCAUCCAGGAGCUCUUCAAGCGUAUUGGCGAGCAGUUCACUGCCAUGUUCCGACGUAAGGCUUUCUUGCAUUGGUACACUGGCGAGGGUAUGGACGAGAUGGAGUUCACAGAGGCUGAGUCCAACAUGAACGAUCUCGUUUCGGAGUACCAGCAAUACCAGGAUGCUGGUGUCGACGAGGAGGAGGAGGAGUAUGAGGAGGAAGCACCGGCUGAGGGCGAGGAGUAGGUGCUCCAAAGCACCCCUUCCCAUUCUUCGUCCGCACAGCACGGGCAGCUCCUCCAAGGUCCUCCCGUUAUCGUUCCCCCUCCAACACCCACGGUUUUGACACUCGAUUGAUCGGGGCAUACUGGUCCGUAAUACGAACGCAUAUCGUUGGGAGAGGGCUGUAAGUCAUGUGUGGCAAGUUCAAUACCGGUGUUGGCAUUUUAGUUGUGCCCCAGCAUCUACAGUGUCUUCAGUUCAGUAGUAGGAGUUCACGUUCUCUUUAAUUAUCAAGAGGUGCAAGCCAGUCACGCUGCUUUCGAUGUAUUUACGGAGCAGCCUAGUUAGCCUCUUCAUUUAUAGUACAUCAAAAAAUACAUGCACUUUUGCAUGAUGAUGUC